AUGGCAAUGCAUCGUGAUCGUCCAACCUCGAUGAGUGCCAUCAGAGCGCGAAAAGUCCUGUUGUGGAUAUGCCUGUGCCUCUGUCUUCUACUCACUGAUUGCUACAAAGAUUCCGAUGAGCACAUUGAGGAAGACCCCUCCAAACUCAUACGCAUCGACGGCGACGUCAUUUUCGGUGGAAUAUUUCCGAUGCACGAACAGGUCGCCGGCAUUGGUGGUGAAUCGCCGUGUGGCGCUGUGAAAGAGGAGAAGGGAGUGCAACGCCUCGAGGCGAUGCUCUUUGCCCUUGACGAGAUAAACAAGAGUGAUGUUUUAUUGCCGAAUACAACCAUCGGCGCAUUGAUCCUCGACUCGUGCAGCAGUGACACAUAUGCCCUUGAUCAGAGCAUGGAGUUCGUGAGGUCCUACAUGAAUCAGGUAAAUACAGGUCGUGAUAUGUCGGAGUACAGAUGUGAAGACGGUCGGCCACCCCAGUACACACCCCACAAAUCUGUGACAGGAGUCAUUGGAGCGUCUUUCAGUGUGGUAUCGAUAAUGGUGGCCAACAUUCUCAGACUCUUCAAAAUACCUCAAUUGAGCUAUGCGUCUACGAGCACUGAGCUCUCGGAGAAGAGUCGCUUCGAGUAUUUCAGUCGAGUCGUGCCGCCGGAUAAUUUCCAGGCACAGGCAAUGGUUGAAGUGGUACAUCAGCUCGGUUGGAAAUACGUGUCUACAGUGGCAGUUGAGGGUGAUUAUGGCGAGAAAGGAAUCGCAAGUUUCAUCAGUCUAGCCGGGGAGUACAGCAUAUGCAUAGCAGUGAGUGAAAAAAUCUUGAGAAACUCUCGCAACGAGGACUUUGAUCGUAUAAUUGAACGACUUAACUCCAAGCACAAUGCAAGGGGCGUUGUGCUUUUUGUUGAUGAGGAUAAUGUGAGAAAGCUGUUGCAAGCAACUAUCAGAGCCAACAUGACUGGUCACUUUAUGUGGGUCGGCAGCGAUUCGUGGGGUGCUAAAGUCCAUCCAGUGCGAGACCAAGAGUUUGCUGCCGAAAGUGCAAUAACAAUCCUGCCCUUCCGUAAUCGACUCGAUGAUUUCGAUGUCUAUUACAAAAAUCUCAGGCCACGAGUGGGGGAUGAGUGCGGUGGUCAGACUGAGAGGAACGUGCCGCAUCCGAAAUUACCCGAGAAAAUGGUCAAUUGUCGUAAUGUUUGGUUUAGGGAAUUCUGGUCGCAGCAUCACAAGUGUAUAUUCGGGGGAUCGGCGGCACAAACUGGGAUGAAGGGAUGCACUGGGGAUGAAGUGAUGAACGAGUACGAUCAGGAGGGGCUUGUGCCAUUUGUAGUGGAUGCAGUUUAUGCAAUGGCACACGCUGUGCACAAUUACAUUGAUGCUGAGUGUGUCAAAGUACAAGGGACAAUGCACCACCUGUGCGAUAAACUGGCACCAGCCCCGCCCGGUCAACAUCUUCUCCAGUAUAUACGUAACGUAUCAUUCGUCGGUCGUCAGGAGACGGAAAUAAGAUUCAACGCUGAUGGCGAUGCCUAUGGGUACUACAACAUUUAUCAGUAUCAGAAGAAUGAGGAGGGGCGAUUCGAUUAUACGCGCAUCGGAUCGUGGAAAGAGAUACUUACUCUGGAUAUUAACAUGACAAGGUGGACCGGAGGUGCGGGUGAAGCUAAUAUACCCCGGAGUACCUGCAGCGACAAUUGUCCACUGGGUCACGUUCGUAAUUUCCAGGACGCUUGUUGCUGGAGUUGCAUGAGCUGCUCGGAGACAUCCUACGUUUACAACGAUACCUGUCGCAUUUGCGAGCCCGGAUGGGCACCUGAUAUCUGGAAAUCUAAAUGCAUUAAAGUACCCGCUGAAGUUAUCCACUGGCGCAGUCCAUGGGCAAUAGUGCCACUUGCAUUCGCUGGCAUUGGAAUACUCAGUACUCUAUUCACUUUUGUCGUUUUUUUGCGGUUCAAUGAUACACCAGUGAUAAAGGCCUCCGGCCGAGAGCUCUGCUACGUCUUACUCGUUGGAAUUCUCUCCUGCUAUGGAAUGACUUUCAUCAUCCUGAGUGAACCCACAAGUUGGAUCUGCACAUACUUGCGCAUUGGAUUGGGUUUGUGCUUGAGCAUCUGCUACAGUGCCAUAUUAACAAAAACAAUUCGCAUAUCGCGUAUAAUAAAUGUGGAUAAAAUAUCGGUGAAAAGGCCAUCGUACACCUCACCAAGGAGUCAAGUGGCUAUUGCUAUUGGAAUAACCUCGGUCCAGUUGAUCGGUGCAAUAGCCUGGCUAGUGAUAGAAGCACCGGACAUCAAAGAAAUUCAUCCAAGUCCAUUGACAGCAGUGCUCACUUGUCGUGUAUCAACAUUUUCACUGAUGAUGUCACUAGUAUACAAUAUGGUGCUCAUACUCCUGUGCACAUUGUAUGCAUUUAAAACACGGAAAAUACCAGCAAAUUUCAAUGAAGCUAAAUACAUUGGUUUCACCAUGUACUCAACGUGUAUCGUAUGGCUGGCGUUCGUACCAAUUUACUUUAGUACUUACAACGAUUACACGAUUCAAAUAGCAAGUAUGUGUAUGUGCAUCAACAUCUCGGCUACGGUUGUCCUGGGAUGUCUAUUCACCCCCAAAGUAUAUCUCGUACUCUUCCAGCCGGAAAAGAACAUCAGACCAGGCCAUCCGAACAUGGCACCGGGCGCCACCGGUGGUGGCAAUGUGGGUCCAGGUCACCACAAUCGACAGAACUACAGCAUGCGUUUCGCAUGCCCCCGGAGUCAAACAAUGCAGAGUGUAACCUCGUAUUCCCGAAGUAGUCCAACGAGGCACAGUCAGCCCGACGUGAAAGCUAUCAACGGAGAGUCGCAGUUACCCGCGAGCCCAUCCUGCGAUGAGACCUCCUUCAGCUAGGU